CAAAUGAAGAAAAACCGGAAAAUGAAGAAAGACCAGCGAAUGAAGAACCUACUAAUAAAAAAAUAGAGGAUACUUUCAUACCGCUAAAAGAAAAAAUAUUAAAAAUCGAGAAAUUGUUGAAUCUUGAUGCAACUAUUUUUACAAAUAAUCUAGGUGAAUUAAUCAUUAAUACUAAUUUUGAAUUUCCUGAUGAGGAAAAUAUUAUUGUUUGGGAUAAUAAUAUAGAAAAUGAUGAGGAGGAUUGGGAUUCUGAAAGAGAGAUCAAUGCAAUGUUAAACUAA